AUGUCACAUACCUUGUCCUGCAGGUCGGGCGAUAGUAGCGUAGAAGCCAGAGUAGUCCGCGAGCGCUGGGGGAGGUCUUGCUCUCCAUGAACUGACGGAUCUUCAGCUCCAGCUCGCUGUUGGCCGCCUCCAGCAAGCGCACCUUCUCCAAGUAGGUGGACAGGCGGUCGUUCAGGUUCUGCAUUGUGGCCUUCUCGUUGGCCGACACAUUAAAGUCGUCUCCACCGCCGCCACCACCACCCCCCCCCUCCCAUGCCGAACCAUAACCACCCCCCGCCGCCCCACCGCCGCCGCCACUCCCCCUCCCAUUCCGAACCAUAACCACCACCACAAACACCUCCGCCAACCCCGAACCCGAACAGGAGCGCAGAUCUCACCCGAUCCGCCUGCAACCUCCAACCCAACACUGCCGGGCCCUCAUUGCAUUGGUACACUGCCCUCCUCCACCGCCCCCCCACCCAUCGAGGAUAAUCGGGAGGAGCCAUGCCCAUACCCAUUCCCACCACCACCUCCAAGACCUUCAUGGACAUGGUUCCACCUUCCCGCCCACCAACCACUGCUGCUUUACGGACAUGCAGAAUCUGGAAGGACAUGGCUGCUGAGAUGAGUCUUCGCCUGGGAUGAUGAAGAGAAUUUGUUUGCACGGCCACCACUGUUCCUUUUUUGCUGCACAGGGCAGAAUGAGGAGGAGGGUGGGAUGAGGACAUGGGUGGGAGAGGCAGAAGGGAGGAAUAGAGAAGGGAGGAAUACUGAGGUAUUCCCAUGUAGUACAGGCUCCUCCCCCACUUUGAACACCCUGUUGUCGAAGACGCUAGAAUGCAGAAGAGAUUGAAGAGGAUAAUAGAUAUUUACUUUAUGUCUUGAUAUGCAAAUAAUUGAAAAUAUACGUUGUUUUGUCAGCUCCUCUCCCGCCACUCCUCUAUUUAUGCGUCUGCCUGCAGGUUGCUUGCAAGCAUUCACAACAACAAUAAAGUGCACACAGGACCCCUAAACAGUUGGAAUUCUUCUCCCAUAACAGCGUCUCUAUUAGCCCAAGUAGGUCAUUCAUCAAGUCAACACACAGUAUAACUUUGACAUGCUGUACAGGUUCUUUGCCAUGUUUCCUUAUCAAUUGAUUGACAAACACUCACUGAAUGGCUAUUUACCUGUACCUGUUAGUUACCACGACAACAAGUUGCCACAGAAAACGUCAUGGUAAAAUAUGAUAUUUUGGCUGACAAACCCAGACACAUUUUCCCCAAACAUACCUGUCUUGUCCUCAAACACUUAUCUCUCGCAGAAAGUGCCCUGUGCUUUUCUUUCACGCACCGCAACAGUACUGCCCGUUCCAUCCUUUAAUGCAGUUCCAUCUACUGUAGUAGUCUGCAGACCGACAAACGUUGUUUUUCCUCCCUUGUACCACUUACACACCCCCAUGGGAUGAGUCAUUACCCGGCAUGUGUGGAGCCCGCUCUGAAACUCACCGCGGUUGGUUUUAGUUGGAUUAAUACUGAUGUGGCGUUUUUUUCUUUAAUACCUUGCAGGGUACUUGCAUCUGCAUAGUCCAGAUAAGCACAGCAUUUCUUUCUGAUUUUUUUCUGUUCACUCUCCAGAGGGUUGCCAUUGUAUCCACGUUUUGAACAUUGAAAUGUUGAUUUACAUUUGAUCAAGCAAAAUGCGACAACGUCCGAGGUUUACUGAUUGCAGUAGAAGUAUUAUUUGUGACAUUGGUGAAAGAUGUUUUUGGAACACUAGAGCUAGCUAGUCCCAUCAACAUUUGUCAACAUCUAAAAGUGACUUAACCAUUGCCAGUUACAGUGCCUAUGAAAUUCGACACAGACCCCUUGCACAGUCUUCACAUUUUUGCUGAGGCAUGUUUUCUCUAACAUUUUACCUGGUCUUUAAGCCAUUCAUGUUUAUUGUGAUCCUGACAAAUAACACCGUGUGAAACCCUCCGUAUUUUAUGUUGUCAUAGGCAAAUAAACAUGAAUGGAGUAACGACCAGGUAAAAUGUUAGAGGAAAACAUGCCUCAGCAAAAUGUGAAGACUGUGCAAGGGGUGUGUAGACAUUCACUAGGCACUGUAACUGCAAUGGUUAAAUGUCACUUUUAGAUGUUGACAAAAUGUUGACUGGGAUCUAGCUAGCUCUAGUGCUUCCAAACAUCUUCACCAAUGUCACAAUAAUACUUUCUACUGCAAAUCAUUAACAUAAGGACGUGUCGCAUUGGCUUGAUCAAAUGUAAAUCAACUUUUCAAUGUUCAAAACGUGGGACUACAAUGGCAACCUCUGGAGAGUGAACAGAAAAAUCAGCAAGAAAUGCUGUGCUUAUCUGGAAAUAUGCAGAUGCCAAGUACCCUGCCAAGGUAUUAAAGGAAAAUAACUGUACUUUAAUCCAAUCUGGGGUGAGUUUUCCUGGGGUACAAUGCCCGGAGUAAUGACUCAUCCCAUGGGUGCUGUAAAGUGGUAAAAGGGAGGAAAAACAACGUUUGUCGGUCCUGCAGACUCCUACAGUAGAUGGAACUUGCAUAAAGAUGGAACUUGCAGUCGACUGUUGCGGUGAAAGAAAGCACAGGACACUUUCUUGCGAGAUAUCAAUGUGUGAGACAAAGACAGGUAUGUUUGGGGAAAAUGUUGUCUGGGUGUCAAGCCAAAUAUCAUAUUUUACCAUGACGUUUCUUUGCAACUUGUUGUCUUGGUAACAUAACAGGUACAGGUAAAUAGCCAUUCAGUGUGUCAAUCAAUAUGCUCAGGAAACAUGGCAAAGCUCACCUGUCACAGCAUGUCAAAGUUAUACUGUGUGUUGACUGAUUGACUGACCUACCUUGGGCUAAUAGAAGACGCUGUUAUGGGAGAAGAAUUCCAACUGUUUAUGGGUGUGUGCACUUUUAUAUGUUUGUGUGAAUGCUUGCAAGCACCCUGCAGGCAGACGCCAUAUAUAGAGUGAGAUGGGGGAGAGUGGAGCUGCACAACACUAGUAUAUUUUCAAUAUUUGCAUAUCAAGACAUAAAGUAAAUAUCUAUCUAUCCUCUUCCAUCUCCUUCUGCAUUCUAGCGUCUGCCAACAGGGUGUCAAAGUGGGUGGAGGAGCCCUGUCCUACAUGAGGUAAUACCUCCCUGUAUUCCUCCCUUCUCUAUUCCUCCCUUCUGCCUCUCCCACCCAUGUCCUCCUCCCACCCUCCCUCCCUCCUUCUGCCCUGUGCAGCAUAAAAAGGGAACAGUGGCUGGGCCGUGCACCACAUUCUCUCUCCUCAUCCCAGGCAGGCAGACUCCCUCUCAGCAGCCAUGUCCUUCUCCAGAUCUAGCAUGUCCUACAGCAGCAGUGGUGGUGGAGGCGGAGGUGGCACCAUGUCCAUGAGGUCUGGAGGUGGUGGUGGAAUGGGUAUGGGCAUGGGCUCCUCCCGCUUCUCCUCGAUGGGUGGUGGUGGCGGUGGAGGAGGCCGUGUCACUGCCAUGAGGGCCGGCAGUGUGUAUGGAGGUGCAGGAGGAUCUGGGGUGCGCAUCUCUAGCUCCUCGUUCGGUUCCGGUGGCGGCGGUGGUGGUGGUGGUUAUGGUUUCGGAAUGGGAGGGGGUGGCGGCGGCGGUGGUUAUGGUUUCGGCAUGGGAGGGGGUGGUGGUGGCGGCGGUGGAGCCGACUUUAAUGUGUCGGCCAACGAGAAGGCCACAAUGCAGAACCUGAACGACCGCCUGUCCACCUACUUGGAGAAGGUGCGCUUGCUGGAGGCGGCCAACAGCGAGCUGGAGCUGAAGAUCCGUCAGUUCAUGGAGAGCAAGACCUCCCCCAGCGCUCGCGACUACUCUGGCUUCUACGCUACUAUCGCCGACCUGCAGGACAAGGUAUGUGACAUGUCUCCUAAAUGGCAAGAGCACUCAAUGAUGACAUCACAGCAUGUCAAAACAAUGGUCAUGUCUGUUAGAGAGUACAGGUACAUGGUGUACACAUCAUCAGCUUGUUUUUCCAACAAGUUACUAAGAGUGAUAUGAAUAUGAAUAUUGGAAAUGCAAAAUUAUAUGCAUUUGUUAUAAUUGAUUCAACCAAGAUAUUGCACCAAAGAUAGAUGCAAAGACAAUAUGCAUAUUUUCAGCUGAAGCAUUGAAAAUAAAGCAGAUCAUUGAAGCCAAUCCUUCCUCUCUCUUAACAUUCCCAAGGCGAUUGCGAAAGGUGCAAUUUGUUUCUUUGUGUCAUGCUUUACAAUGAUCAUAAAGUCGACAGGUUCCCUGCAAUGCUUCUAUGAGCUAUCAUUUACAGUGGAGCUGAAACUCAGAACUCAAUGAUUACAGUGUGGUUUCACAGUUGGUGCGUACUGCAUUUGUGUGAAAUUCCAUGCAUGCUCCAUCCUGAAAUGUUUUGCCAUCCUGCACCUCUUAGAUCCAGGCUGCCACCUGCUUGAACGGAGGCAUCUAUCUGAACAUCGACAACGCAAAGCUCGCUGCAGACGACUUCAGAACCAAGUAAGUAUAUCCAACACCAUCCACAUAUACAGUACACUGCUGGUGCAUUCCAUAAACCAAAUGGAAAACUUCCAAAUCUGUAAAAACCCUCACACUGUUUUUAUUUUUAUUUUGUGUUGAAUCUAUAAAAAUGGAAACCAAAUGACAUUAACCUCCACCGCCACCAUAACCACACCCUCCCAACAGACAUCAGAUACCUGGUGUUACUUUCUGUUUUUCACAAAAUUAAAUGGAAUACUAGAAUCUAUAAAACCCCUGCUAUUCUCACAAAGGAACACAUUCAGGCAGUUCGUUGACCUAUGCUCUCUCCAUCUCUCAGGUUUGAGAACGAGCUGGCCAUGCGUCAGUCGGUGGAGGCGGACAUCGCCGGGCUGAAAAGGCUGAUGGACGAGAUGACCCUGGCCAGAUCUGACCUGGAAAUGCAGAUCGAGGGGCUGAAGGAGGAGCUCAUCUAUCUCAAAAAGAACCAUGAGGAGGUGUGUGUGGGCUGAUGGAACAUAUCCAUACAGUCCCUUAAUGUAUUACAUCUAUUGACCAUGUCAACCUGCUAUGGGUCUUCGUUAGAACAACAUUGCUGGCUUUCAAGCACAUCUGUAUCAAGCAAUGGUGUUCACAUUUAUAAUGAAGACCGAGGGCAGGUCAAGUUGUUACCAUCAGGCAGAGGUUAGUCACUUCUUAAUAGUUUAAACUCACCUCUAUGUGUUUCUCCACAGGAGCUGCUGGCCAUGAGGACGCAGAUGACUGGACAGAUCAACGUGGAGGUGGACGCAGCACCACAGGAGGACCUGAGCAGAGUCAUGGCUGAGAUCCGUGAGCAGUACGAGGCCGUUAGUGCCAAGAACCAGCGCGACCUGGAGUCCUGGUUCCAGACCAAGGUAGAACCUCUAGAACCUCUAAACUAUAUUCAUGGUGUAGAUGUUCCUUUAGUUCUAGUUGGUAACGUUGUCACAUUCUACCAUGAGUUGAAAUGUUGUUUUGUUCCUGUGAUGACUGACCAAUUAUUGUGUUUUACAGACGGAGACGUUGAACAAGGAGGUGGCGUCCAGCACAGAGGUUCUCCAGACCUCCAAGUCAGAGAUCUCAGAGAUCCGUCGCACACUGCAGGGCCUGGAGAUCGAACUGCAGUCACAGCUCAGCAUGGUGAGCCGUAAUUACUAACAUCUGACCAAGGACCACAUUUUAGGGGACAUUACUUACAUACACUUUCUGCAACUUUCUUCAAUAAUAAACAUUUAUUAUCAAGUGUUUCACUUUCACCUGGUCUCGUCCACUAUCCCUCAAGUUGUUAUAGCCAGUCACCACUACAUUACUAUAGCUAACCUCUACCUGUCUACACAUUCAAUUACUAGAGCUAACCUUUUCAGUAUGACAGUAAACAUUCCAAAUUCCAAACCUACUCCCACUGUUUUUGACCCAUCAUCUCUAUCUCUCCCGGCAAAUAGAAAGGCUCCCUGGAGAACACGCUGGCGGAGACGGAGGGUCGUUACUCCAUGCAGCUGGGACGCCUCCAGAGCCAAGUGACCAGUCUGGAGGGGCAGCUAAUGUCUCUCCGCAGCGACAUGGAACGCCAGGGCCAGGAGUACAAGAUGCUGCUGGACAUCAAGACACGCCUGGAGAUGGAGAUCGCUGAGUACAGGAGGCUGCUGGACGGAGAGGCUAGCGGGUAAGGCAGGAUGCGAUUGGACAGAGGGAGGCCAAUAAGACAGACAGGGAUGUGGGAGGAGAGUGUUACAUCUUUGUGGGUUGGGAAGAGGGGUGAAAGAAGUGAAAAUGAAUUGAUUUUUCCUUCAACGUUUGCCUUUAAAAACAAUGUUCAUUUGAAUUUGACCUUAGUAUGAGCCAUGGUUACUUUUGACAUGAAUCUACAGCUAUGUGACCUUUAAUAGAUACGUAUUAUGAUCAUAGAUCAUAGCUGCUAACUAUGCUAACCAUGGGUUUCACUUCCUCACAGUCUUGGCCUCAGCUCCUCGAAAUCCGGCCUCAGCUCCUCGAAAUCCAGCCUCAGCUCCUCCUCCUCCUCCUCCACCACACGCAAGGUGGUGAUCGUCACAGAGGAAAUGGUGGACGGCAAGGUUGUCUCCUCAAGUGAAACCAAACACACCUCAUAAAGUCUGACACACACAGAGAGCACUGCAGCAAGCAACUGGUUAACCCCAUAGAAAUAUAAUUACUAGAAUGGGUAUAGGAAAUGACAGUCCAGCACAUGGAA